AUGUCUCACUCACCAUCGCCUACAAUGCCAUCGCUCCAGAAUGCAAACUUCUUCACGUCACUGCCUCCACCAGGUAUCGGAACCAAUCAGUCUGUACUCUGCAAUUACAACCACUCUGCACGAGGAGCCUCAAAGCAAGCCUUGGAUGGCACAUCGACAACGGGUUCGAGCGGCGCCCCUAGAGACUCUUCUAUCACCACCAACCGGCAUGCUUCCCAACACAUGACCUCCCAUCCAACAUCGCCUACAACAGCUGCACAACUUCGACAAACCAAGCACCGGCAGCCUCACAUCGGCGUGCCCACCUUCUCAAACCAGACGAACAACACAAGUCAGCCAACUGGAGCACCACUGUCCGCCACUCCCCCUUCCGCCACUCAUCAUCGGACAUAUCUACACCCACCCCGCUCUCCCAUUCACCCAACCUAUCAAACCCAAAGCCGCCUCCCUCCCAAUACUGUCGCUCGCAAAGCGCCCCGAAAAGCGACUUUCAUUCCGCUCGCCACAGUCCAAGGCUCCAAGGUAUCUAAGCCGAAACCUAGGACCAAGUCCGCCAUUCGCCAGUCCGUCACGCCAGGCUGCACGCUUGCGUUGCUGGUGCCUCAGGGAACGCCGAAGGGUGGGUGUACGCCGGGGUUGAGGAGGCCGAGGAAGCUUGUACCUGCUGGUGUGGAGCGAGGAGGGGAGGAAGAGAAGGAGUGUGAGGGCGGUGAUACGAAAGUGCAGGAGUCGCGUGAGGGUUGCGAGGGAGAAGGGGCGGUGAACGUGGUGCCGUCUGCGCUUCCUGGAGGGGAUGUCAGUGAUGUCCAAAGCGUGCUGCAAGCGACUGUGCCACUGGUGCAAGACGAGACCCAGCUCACCACGCAGCCUCAGUGCCCUCGGCUGCGCGUGGAGUAUAGCCUGACACCUGAGCUAGAGGGUGUGAGAUGUGCGUUGGGACCGGCGAACUGGACCGAGUACUUGGCACUGAUGGAGAAGAGCGCGCUGGGCGAGAUAUCAGGGAGCGAGCUGGAAGGACAAGAGAAGCGGAUCUUCCAAGUCCUCGUCGUGGGCCUGCGGCGUCGCAUUCGGACUAUGCUACUUCAGUGUAUGGCAGUGUGA